AUGGUUUUGCAUUUCAUUGAUCCUUGUUUAUCUUUUCGGUUGAUGCCUCCAGCAAAUGCAAGUAGACCCAAAAAUUCAUCACAUUCGAUUAGCAGUUGUGGGGACUACGGUUCAUUGAGCCAUGAACACCAAACUGCAUCUGAUCGAUGCUCAGGAGGUAGCAAUUCGUACCUCAGUGACAUAUGCAGAAGUGCUUCCAAUGCUACUGCUGAAACCCUAAGUCCUGCAUCACCAGAUAAACUAGUUCGCUCUGCAGCGGAAGAUCAUUGGUUCACUGUCUACAAUGUACAUCUGGAUCUACUAAAUUCCCCAGAGGUGCAAAAUCUUGAAGACGUAAAGAUGCCAGUGUCAUCACCAAAACUAGUACAAGGCCUAGCUGAGAUGCCAAGUGAGAGUGAACAUUCUUUCGGUCACAGGGGCCAUUUCAUUGAUGAUGAUCAAAGUGCUAUGGAUGUUAAUGCUUUCUAUGUGAAAUUUGAGGACAGUGAUUUGUUCAAGGAACAUUUUGGCAACCUAUCUGCAACACUCAAGGCUGAGAAAAGGCAAUCAUCGACUAUGAGAAGGUACUCUUCGCAAUAUUUUGUACGGCGGGAUUAUUUAGUUGGCUGCAAAAGACUUUUUAACACGUCCAUGCAAAAGAACGAAUCGCCCACCAAUAUCACUUUGGAGGAAGUAGCAGGCUCUAUUGAUCAGGGCCUAAAUUGUUCUCUUUCUCAUGAUGAAAAGGAUGAAGAAGGUUCAUCAACCAUUGAAGAAAAAUCCGAGGCUCUGAAGCAACAUGAUGAACAUGUAGUACUGGAGACAAUAACAGCAUGUAAAGAAGCAUUAAUCAGGCUGGACAUCGCAGCCGAGAAUGUUUUCGUGUUGUUUACGAAAUUAAGAACAGAAACUUCCAUGGAAGAGUCUUCAAGUGGACCCCGAGCUCAAUUAUACGAUGAAGCAAAAGAGCUUGUGCCAAAAAUUACUGGAAAAAUCAAUGCAAUAGCCAAAGUGGUACAAAAUAACUCCACCAGCGGUGUUGCUUCAUCCACAAGUAAAGUUGAAGGCGGCUCAACAUUCGAACCAUUGUUAGGAACACUCGCGGAGAGACUAUCGCAAAGAGUAGUUGAAAUAGUAAAACAGAAUCUCUGCUCCGUUUAAUUGAA